UACAGUCGCCUGGCCUCACGCUUGGCAGGCAGCUCCAGCCCAGAGAGGCUGCGCCCACAUUCCCUGGCUGCUCUCCAGCCCGCGGGAGCUGAGACAAGGUCCAGGGACUGCGAGGCCGGGCAGAGGCUGCGGAGGGGAGUAAGCAGCACGGAGCCGCCGAGUGGAAGGACUGUCCAGCUCCCAGAUGCUAGGCCUCGUGGGCUUGGUCAUAGGCGCCGCUGUGGCCGUGCUGCUGCUGCUGCUGCUGGCCGCCUGCCUGUGCCGCGGACGGCAGGACCCCGACGUGGAGAGGAACCCACCGGCUGCAAGGAGGAACCGAGUCCGGUGGGCCCAGCCUUGGUUCUUCCCGCGCCGGGGCCAGCUGGGACACUUGCACUACUUCCACCAUCCUGGCCACGUGUCUGGCAUGCGCCAUGCGGGCCUCCACCACCACCACCUCCACCACCACCAAGCCCACCAUCAAGGCCACCUCCACCACCACCAUGCCCACCACCUCGCCCACCUCCACGUCCACCGAGGCCACCGCUGACACCUGGGAAUGGCAGCCACCGCCUGUCCUACCAUCACCAGGAUGUGGACCCCCAUGCUCCCAUGCAGAGGGGCGCCUCUCUGUGGUAAACGCCGGGGACUGUGCCCUGGUCCUGCUUGGCUUCUGCGGACCACGCCCCACGCCCUCUCUCCAUGAGGAGAGAACUGAGGGGAUUCGGGGGGGUGCCCUGUGCACACUGGAGGGUCACAGGGUGAGAGUGGGGGUGGUCCUUCGGGGACGGACACUGCCUUGGGCCUGUAACGCCCAGGGGACCCCGGUGCACGUCGAUGCACAGAAGAUGGGCUGUGCUCUCUGAAGUGCUGUCUCCUGACUGACGCAGGCCCCUGGCCAGGGGGCUACCUAGAAGGGGCCAGUGCCCUCGAAUUUGGAGAAGGCAGUAUGAGGCUGCAGGGUCAGUUCACCUGUGCCUUGAUGCAAGAAAAUAAAAACCACUAAGAAGCUUU